ACCCAGGUGGCUGAGCUCCAUCUCCCAGUGGUGAGCAGUAGGGGAUCCAAACCCAGUUUCCUUCUGGUUUCUGUCAGUUUGCCCUUUCGGCCUCCCUGUUGUCUUAGGGAAGGGGAGUGGGGUCCAAGUGACAGCUGGAUGGGAGAAGCCAUAGCUUCUCCCAGUCAGCUAGGAUGUAGCUAGCCAUUGGGGGAUCUUCGUGGCUUCAGCAAAUUCUCUUGUUAAACCGGAGUGAAAACUUUAGGGGGGACUCCGUCAGCCAAGUGCCUCAGUGUGCCCUGUUGAAACUUGGAUUUUUCCACACAAUCGAUGGAUUGUGUCCUAGGAAGACGUCUUUUUCUUUUCCUCUGGGUUUUUGCUCCUCCUGUACAAGAGGUGGCUUUGCUUGGUUUGGUGGGGCUGCGGCCACUUAAAACCUCCCGACCUCUUUUUAUUUGAGUCUUUUAUUAUAAGUAGUUGUAGCUGGGGGAGGGGUAGUGGGCGGGCAGUGGACAGUAACGCAUACUGCAGUCGAUUUGGGAUUUGCUAAGUAGUUUUACAGAGCUAGAUCUGUGUGCAUGUGUGUGUAUGUGUAUAUAUACAUAUCUAGGACUAGUACUUAGUUUCACACCGGGAGCUGGGAGAAAAAAAACCUGUACAGUUGUCUCUUAUUUUUAAUAAAAUAGAAAAGUCGCGCACUUGCGCGUCCCUCCUCCCCCUUUUUUAAACAAGUGUUACUUGUGCCGGGAAAAUUUUGCUGUCUUUGUAAUUUUAAAACUUUAAAAUAAAUUGGAAAAGGGAGAAACUGAGCGGUGUAUUUCUUCCCCACUUUGAAGACGGGGUGAAUGCGGACCAGUUGGGCUGGCGGACAGUGGGAACAUCUGGGCGUUUGCACCUGAGAGUGGGGGGAGGGUAACAGGAGCUGGACGGAAGCCGGGAAACCUUAGUCCCGGAGGCUGCGGAACGUGCCUUAGCCAGUUUCUAGGCUUCUGCCUUUGGGGUCCAGAGGGCACCCCAUUUCCGCCCGAGAGGUGGGUACGUGGGAUUGCGGUGGGAAGCCUGGUGGGCUGGGCCCUGACGCGACUUCCUCCGCCCCCUUCCCUCCGUUCUGCCACCCGGACCUCUGCAGUCUCAACUUACAAGUCAAGCUGCUAGGUCCCGGGCGGAUCCCGCCAGGCCCCGCCCAUCCACCUUAGACCCGCCUCCCCGCCGCUAUAAGUAAGCCCCUGUCGCUCCGAUUGGCUGCUGGGGCCCGGCCCCCGGCCACGUGACCGGGCUGCGUCCGCAGCGCGCAAGGCUCCCUCGCUGGCGGGCGCGCUGGGGCGAGGUAGGAGCGAUGUGGGCUGGAAGCGUCUGGCGCGCCUCGCUCUCCCGAGUGCCCUGCGGACGCCGCGCGCAGUCGGCGCUGGCUCAGCUGCGCGGCAUUCUGGAGGGGGAGCUGGAAGGGAUCCGGGAAGCUGGCACAUGGAAGAGUGAGAGGGUCAUCACAUCCCGUCAGGGGCCACACAUCGACGUGGACGGCGUCUCCGGAGGAAUCCUUAACUUCUGUGCCAACAACUAUCUGGGCCUGAGCAGCCACCCCGAGGUGAUCCAGGCAGGUCUGCAGGCUCUGGAGGAGUUUGGAGCUGGCCUUAGCUCUGUCCGCUUCAUCUGUGGAACCCAGAGCAUCCACAAGAAUCUAGAAGCAAAAAUAGCCCGUUUCCACCAGCGGGAGGAUGCCAUCCUCUAUCCCAGCUGUUUUGAUGCCAACGCCGGCCUCUUUGAGGCCCUGCUGACCCCUGAGGACGCGGUCCUGUCGGAUGAGCUGAACCAUGCCUCCAUCAUCGACGGCAUCCGCCUGUGCAAGGCCCACAAGUACCGCUAUGGCCACCUGGACAUGGCUGACCUCGAAGCCAAGCUGCAGGAGGCCCAGAAGCAUCGGCUGCGCCUGGUGGCCACCGAUGGAGCCUUUUCCAUGGAUGGCGACAUCGCACCCCUGCAGGAGAUCUGCCGCCUCGCCUCUAGAUAUGGCGCCCUGGUCUUUGUGGAUGAAUGCCAUGCCACUGGCUUCCUGGGGCCCACAGGACGGGGCACAGAUGAGCUGCUGGGUGUGAUGGACCAGGUCACCAUCAUCAACUCCACCCUGGGGAAGGCCCUGGGUGGAGCAUCAGGGGGCUACACGACAGGGCCUGGGUUUCUGGUGUCCCUGCUGCGGCAGCGUGCCCGGCCCUACCUCUUCUCCAACAGCCUGCCACCUGCUGCUGUUGGCUGCGCCUCCAAGGCCCUAGAUCUGCUCAUGGAGAGCAACACCAUCAUCCAGUCUAUGGCUGCCAAGACCCAGCGGUUCCGUAGUAAGAUGGAAGCUGCUGGCUUCACUAUCUCAGGGGCCAGUCACCCCAUCUGCCCUGUGAUGCUGGGUGAUGCCAGGCUGGCCUCUCGCAUGGCGGAUGACAUGCUGAAGAAAGGUAUCUUUGUCAUCGGGUUCAGCUACCCCGUGGUCCCCAAGGGCAAGGCCCGGAUCCGGGUACAGAUAUCAGCAGUGCACAGCGAGGAAGACAUUGACCGCUGUGUGGAGGCCUUCGUGGAAGUGGGGCGGCUGCACGGGGCCCUGCCCUGAGCUCUGAGUUAGGGAUGAGCAGAGCCAAGCUCCACCUACUGCCACAGGGUCAAAGCAGGUUUUCCAUCAGCCCAGACCAGAGGCUCUGAGCCCUGAACCAGUGUCCGAGCUGGGCUGGGGUGUGGCCUGUGCUGGGGCUGUGAGAAUGUGAAUCAACAGAGUGGAAAUGGGCUGUG